AUGAGCACCGAACUUUCGAAGCAAUCCGACAUCCUCAUCGUCGGUGGUGGGACAUGGGGUUGUUCCUCGGCUUUACAUCUGGCACGUCGAGGAUAUGAGAAUGUCACUGUUCUGGAUGCUCAUCCCAUCCCAUCGCCAAUCUCUGCCGGCAACGACGUUAACAAGAUAGUCGAGCAAGGAUCAUUCAGUGACGGCGAUGACGAAGCUGCCGUUGCACAAGCUCUGCUCCUGGCAGCAGGCGAAGGCUGGAGCAAGGAUCCCGUGUUCAAGCCUUUCUACCACGAUACCGGCUACAUCGUGGCCGCCUCAUCGCCCGAAGCGCUGAAGUAUCUCGAGGAGCGCGAGAUUAAACACCACAAAGACGCCUUCAAGAAACUCACAACAGCUCAAGACUUCCACGCCACCAUGCCAGCUGGUGUCCUGACCGGCGAGUUCUCCGGCUGGCAGGGAUAUUACAAGUCAAACGGAGCCGGCUGGGUCCAUGCCCGGAAGGCACUGGUCUCGGCAUACGCCGAGGCCAAGAGACUCGGCGUCAAGUUCAUCACCGGGUCCCCUGAGGGCCAGGUGGUUAACCUCCUGCAUGCCGAAGGCGACAUCCGCGGCGCCAAGACGGCCGACGGCAAGGAGCACAUCGCCGACCGCACGAUCCUAGCCCUCGGCGCGUCGGCGCCGCAGCUCCUCGAUUUCGAGAACCAGCUGCGGCCCACGGCAUGGACACUAGCCCACAUCCCCAUGACGGACGACGAAGUCAAGGUCUACAAGGACCUGCCCGUGCUGUUCAACAUCGAGAAGGGGUUCUUCAUGGAGCCGGACGAGGACAAGCACGAGCUCAAGCUCUGCGACGAGCACCCCGGAUACUGCAACUGGAUCUCGGAGCCGGGCUCCUCCGCUCUGCCCCAGUCUGUGCCCAUCGCUAGGCACGAAGUCCCGGCGUCUUCCGAGCGCAGGAUCCGCGACUUUCUGCGAGAGAUCAUGCCUCAGCUGGCAGAAAGACCACUGGCCCACGCGCGGGUCUGUUGGUGCGCCGACACGCCCAAUCGCGCGUUCCUCAUCACGUACCACCCGAAGCACCCGUCGCUGGUCGUGGCGUCGGGCGACUCAGGACACGGGUUCAUGCACAUCCCGUCGAUAGGUGGGUACAUUGCCGACUGCAUGGAGGGCAAGCUGGACGCGCGGUUUGCUAGGUCGUGGCGCUGGCGGCCUGAAACUGCGACGGAGUUCUGGGGGGACGACACGUUGAAUCGCUGGGGCGCCGGGAAUAAGAUGUUGAGCUUGAAGGAGACUGAGACGGAGGGGUGGACGAAGAUUAAUGGAUGA